GUCGCCGUGUGGUGUUGGCAGCACUGCGGGAUGUAAACAGACCGAGAAGUGUCAAGUCAAGACUCCGAGGGUUAUCAUCAUCAUCAUCAUGGCAGUGGCCUCGAGUGUGCCCAAGAUACCAGACUAUAUAUUCGCUGAGAAAAUAGGCGCAGGGAACUAUGCAGACGUGUACAAGGCCUAUAAGAAGGGCAAGGUGAGGGAGGUGGUGGCCGUCAAGUGCGUCCUGCAGUCCUCGCUCUCCAGGUCCGCCCUCAACAACCUGGAGUCCGAGAUAAAGAUUCUGAAGAAGCUGAAACACGAGCACAUUGUUCAGAUGCUGGACUUUGUUUGGGACGACAAGUACAUCUACAUCAUCAUGGAGUAUUGCAGUGGGGGGGACCUGUCAACCUUCGUCAAGUCCAAGCAGAGGCUCUCAGAAAACGUGUGUCAGAGGUUCCUGCAGCAGCUCGCAGCAGCCCUCCAGUAUAUGAGGGAACAGAAUGUCAGCCACCUGGACCUCAAGCCCUCAAACAUUUUACUAAAGUCUAGAAAAAGCCAGGUGCUUAAGAUUGGUGAUUUUGGCCUUGCCCAGCACAUGCCAGAAGAAGACACAAAUAGUACUGUCAAGGGCAGUCCUCUCUACAUGGCUCCGGAGAUUGUCCUGAAGCGGCAGUAUGAUGCCAAAGUGGACCUGUGGUCAGUGGGCGUCAUCUUGUACGAGUGUCUCUUCGGCAAGGCCCCAUACUCCUCCAAGACGAUGGACGAACUCAUAGAGAAGAUUAAGAGCGACAAGCCUAUAGAGGUUCCAUAUGGGACCAACAUAUCACCAGAGUGCAGAGACCUGCUAUUGAGGUGUUUAGAGAGGGAUGUUAGCAAGAGAAUAGACUUUGAGGCAUUCUUUUCUCACCCAUUCGUUGAUCUAGAGCACAAGCCAGGCCCGGAUAGCAUGAACAAGGCAACGGAACUACUUACUGCGGCUGUGAACUUCGAUGAGUGUCGAGAAUAUGAACAGGCUUUCAAGAAUUACUGUCAAGCACUCCAGUACCUGACUCCGUUGCUGCACAGUGAAAGUGAUGCCAGUAAGCGAGUGGUCUUAAGGCGGAAGAUCACCGAGUACUUGGGCAGGACUGAAGAGUUAAAGAAAGUUGUUAGCAGUGACAGUGAUGUUGUCAAGAAUCUGAGGAUUCCAAGCAUUCCAAACCUUCCUAAACAAGAAUCUUUGAAGUUCAGUGAGUACAAAGGUAACCGUGAAGAGCUACUCAGGCUGACGACAACAACUCCCCAGAUACAAACAGCAAUAGAGAUUGGUGCCUCAGGUGAACUGUAUGCCAGAGAAGUGGAUUUCAUCAACAAGAUGGGGGCCCUUCGACCUCAACACCCAUCAAGAGCAUCAGGAAGGCCCGGAAGUUAAUUUUUGGGGGGGGUUUCACAUAAACUGUAUAAAAGUUAUGCUUUAUAUUACUAAAUCAUAGAAGGGAAGUGGAAAACUGUCUAUAAUAAUGUACUUUCAGUGACCCUAAUUCAAUAUUCCGUACUUGCUCUACCAAUGGUUAUAUAGACUUCAACUUAAUGUCAAAGGACAGGUAAGGGUAUGUACUUUACAAUGAUGCUUCAUUGAGUCACAUGAGUUAAGUAGGAGUGAAGGUAUGAAAGGUUGAAGUGAAUUAUGUUUUUUCCUGAAUAUGCCCGUGUGGGAGGACAGGCGCAGCAAAACAAGCCCGCGCUUUAAGGGUUAAAGAAUGAGCUAGUAGUAAUUUUGUUUUGUCUCCUAUAAACAUCAUUGAUUUAGCUACUUACUGUAUAGUACGUAAAGUUAAUUCAUAGAAAUAUGCCUGUCUGUGCCUUCUUGAGUGUCUUAGUCUGCUUGUACAGGAAUCACCAAUGUACUUUAAUUAAAUGGUAAUAUAUAAAUUGAAUUAGUGUAUGAAAAAUCAGAUAGUAGUUAGCAAUAUAUGAUACUGGCACUGGCACUUGCUCUGGCUAUGAUGUAUUAUGGCAAUAUGACAGCUAUAUACAGGGAAUGUAAGAAAAAUGUAGUUCCUGAAAGUGUACAGGAAGUUCCAAAUUAAUUUCAUGUAAUGAAAGUACUUUGUAUAUUAUAUUAACACUACAGAUUUCAGCCUUCUUAAAUGAAUUUUAUUAUCACAUAUACUUAGUUUUAUGUAAUUUCAUACCACAGGUCAUUGAUCAUGUUUGCUAUGGAAGACAGGGAUGAUGUCAAGUGCAGUUGCACAACAAACCUUUUCAAUACAGUACAGCAAAGUCUCAGUACAGGUAAAGGGGGCCUUGAAGCACUCUUGUGGCCACCUCCAUGCAUACCCAAAGCAGUGUUCUAUGAGUUAGUCAUAUGUUCAGAAACAAUAUUAUGCCCCAAAUUUUAUUGAUCAGUCUUGAUCAGCAGACAAACAUAACACUGAAUGAACAAUGGACUGCAAGGACAAAGCGUAAUUUAAGAGUCAAAGGCUCUUGACCUGCUAUGGGCCCCCUCCUUUUUUUUUUUUUUUUUUUUUUUUUUAUAAGAGUAUUUUGAUGGGGCUUUUGAGCCCUCAUUUCAUUCUUUAUUCUUGAAAAAUACAGCUCCUGUUAUUCAUAUUUUGGUUCCCAUUCAUUGGUAACUCACAAGUAACUCCCUCAUUCUCUCCCUGUUAGGUACACCAAUGAUAAACUGUAAGGAUUUACAUUUGGCGUAUGUAGCAGGCUCCUCACACAACACUUAAUAGUGUAAAUCAAGGCUAUUUGUCCAGCUGUCCUAAAAUAUUAGGCAUAAAAAUCAUUGUCAGAAAUGGUACUCCUACUGCACAUGCACUGGAAUUGGUUGCAAUUCUUAUGCUAAAGCUGUGAUACACCCCUACUUUUUCUUAAUAAAAUUUGCAGAGUAAGUAAUUAACUUCAGUCUGCUCUAUUCAUCAACUUUGUUGUUUGUCUUUUCUGUAUGUAUAAAAAAAAAAGAUCAAAUUUCUUUAUUCAAGUUUGUGAAUGGUCACAUAUAAAACAAGGGUCCAGUUUCCUUUUACUGUGGUAUAGCUCAUACAACAUACAACCAAGUGUGUCAACUGGUGAAACAAUGAAGCUAAAAAAUGCAAUAAAUUGACGCUUCUCACCUGACAGUAUUGUACAUAGUACUUGUCAUUAUUAUGCUGAAUAGAAAAAUUAUGCUAUUACAUAUAUUUCAUCCUGAAAGCAACUCUGAAAGUUUUAUAAUAAAUAUGUUCGUUUCUCUGCAAACAAAUAAAUAAGCAGCUCUUUAAUUUACAACUACAUCUAUGCUGCAAGAUACUAUUCAACAUACCAUGAUACAAAAUGGUAUCCAAAUAUAUUUCACAUGUCUGUCUGUCUCUCUUGAAAGUGAACUGUACAAACAUGACUCAAGCCAGAAACACCAAUGAUUCCUUGAACUAACUCAGACUGAGAGUGAACCCUUAAAGCCGUGCUGCCACCAAACAUGGAAUAGGUAAAGUAAUGGAUAUUCAUGUUACGCUGAUGGGUCGUUGUCAGGCUAACGACCCGUUAUUAGCAUGUUUGGUACGAUUCAAGGACUACAUGCAAUGCCAAUUACAUAAUAUGAACAAUGAGUGCUAUGCUGCAGAGAAACUGAAGCAUCUCUAGUGAAUCUUUUAUCUUUCAUAUAUUCAUGUAUAAUCAGGCAACAACUUUUAUUACCUAUCCCAACAUUCUGCACAAUUAAACCUGAAAAAUCUAUCUGUACCUACAAAACAUUUAUAAAUAAUUAUUAAAAAAUAGGAAUGGAGAGUAAAAAAGUGCAUUAUGUAUCAAGGAUAUCUGGUUAUUUUCACUUAAAGCAAACUUGCAUAAAUUAUUUUCCAUUAACCCCUUCAACACGAGGACAUAUAUACUGCGCCUUUGCAUGCCCCAUACCAUAUCCGAGGACGCGCAUACUGCGUCCUGGCUUGCUUUAGCCAAUAUACGAGUUAUUUUAUCUAUAUUUAUGCUUACAUCUCAAAAUUAUCAAUUAAUUUAUGUUUCUUUAUGUGCACCAUUUAAUUCUGCAUGUUUUCAUAUAUAAUACAUGAUGAUUGUGUUGAGUUUAUGGCUGAAAACUUGUUAUAUUCAAUAGCAACAUUUGAAAUUUGGCAUGUGCGGCGAUCCCGGAUACGGCGCGGGGCGCUGUUUUGGCUCAGCCGUAGUGAAUUUCUUUAUUUGCACCAUUUAAUUCUGCAUGUUUUCAUAUAUAAUACAUGAUGAUUAUGUUGAGUUUAUGGCUGAAAACUUGUUAUAUUCAAAAGCAACAUUUGAAAUUUGGCGUGCGUGGCGAUCCCGGAUACAGCGCGGGGUGCUGUUUUGGCCCGGCUGUAAUGAGUUUCUUUAUGUGCACCAUUUAAUUUUGCAUGUUUUCAUAUAUAAUACAUGAUGAUUAUGUUGAGUUUAUGGCUGAAAACUUGUCAUGUUCAAUAGCGACAUUUGAAAUUUGGCGCGCACGGCGAUCCUGGAUACGGCGUGGGGCGCUGUUUUGGCCCGGCCAUAGUGAAGGGGUUAAGAUGGGUUUUGCCAUUCAUGAAACUCAAACACCAAGGCAUAUCACAAAUUGUAAAAAUGUCAAUAAAACUUUGUGCAUAGACA